CUGAGGAAAUGAAAAGGACGAAAUCAGACGUCUUGGCUACACUAAGCCGGCAAAAAUCAACCCGCAUUCAAACCCUCUUCAUCGCCCUCGGCUCAAUUCUGCUCAUCUUCGAAGUCUUGCAUAUGUUCAAAAACGGGAUUCACUCUGUUUCCCAAGAAAUUCUGUACAGCAGCAGCGCUAAUGGCUUGUUAGAUUCCAAGCUUGUGAUGGAAAUUUUGGAGGGAAGAGAGUCUCCGAUUCGCCCAAUUGAUGCUCUGUUUCAACCAAGAAAACGUGUAGAAAUCGAGCGGCUCCCUAAAAGGCUGCUCUCUGGCUUGAAUUUCACUGCAAUUCCGUCUCCGGGGAGUAAAAAUGGGAUCUUGAAGUCGGCAAACGACGCCGUUGAGCAGGGGAGGAGGCUGUGGGGGGAGCUCGAGGGGAGUGGCGGUGGUGUGGAAGGGAAUGUGAGUGAGAAGGUUGAGAAGUGCCCUUCCUCUGUUUUGAUUACAGGGGAGGAGUUUGGGAGGGAUGGGGGCGUGGCGGUGCUGCCGUGUGGGCUGACGCUGGGGUCGCAUGUCACGGUGGUGGGGAGGCCGGUGGCGGGGCAGUUUUUGGUGGAGCUGCAGGGGCUGAGGACGGUGGAGGGGGAGGAUCCGCCGCGGAUACUGCAUUUGAAUCCGCGGUUGGAUGGGGAUUUUAGCGGGGCGCCUGUGAUCGAGCUCAACACGUGUUAUAGGAUGCAGUGGGGAGAGGCGCAGCGAUGUGAAGGGUGGAGGUCGGAGGCUGAUCAGCCGACUGUGGAUGGAUUUGUCCAAUGUGAGCAAUGGAUUUCAGAUGGCAAGAACGAGUUCCCUUUCGCCAAAGAAAAACUGUUUGUUUUAACAAUCAAGGCCGGCUUGCAGGGCUUCCAUGUGAAUGUUGAUGGAAAGCAUGUUACCUCAUUCCCAUAUCACACCGGAUUCGCCAUUGAGGACGCCACUGGAUUGUAUUUGCAUAAGCAUGUUGAUGUGCUAGCCAUAGUUGCUGCUUCCUUGCCCACGUCACACCCCAGUUUCGCUCCUCAGAAACAUCUCGAGUUGUCUGAUAAAUGGAAGGCCCCCCCAAUCCCCAAUAAACCAGUCGAACUAUUCAUUGGCAUUCUUUCAGCUGGCAACCACUUCGCAGAGAGGAUGGCCGUGAGGAAGUCUUGGAUGCAGCACAAGCUAAUCAGAUCAUCUAACGUUGUUGCUCGUUUCUUCGUGGCUAUGGAUAAGAAAAGGGAAGUGAAUGAAGAAGUCAAGAAAGAAGCUGAGUUUUUCGGAGAUAUCGUCAUAGUCCCCUACAAGGACACGUACGACCUUGUCGUUCUCAAAACCGUUGCCAUCUGCGAAUAUGGGGUUCGUACCGUAUCAGCCCGUCACAUUAUGAAGGGCGAUGACGACACAUUUGUUAGAGUAGAUGCAGUCAUCGAAGCAGCAACAGCAAUUAAAGAUGGCAGAAGCUUGUAUGUUGGAAACAUGAAUUACUUCCACGAGCCCCUACGCAGUGGCAAAUGGACCGUUACUUAUGAGGAAUGGCCAGAACAAGUCUACCCGCCUUAUGCAAACGGGCCAGGCUACAUAAUCUCGUCCGACAUUGCAAAGGCCAUUCUAUCCGAUUUUGAGAAGCACGAGCUGAGGUUGUUCAAAAUGGAAGAUGUUAGCAUGGGAAUGUGGGUGGAGAAGUUCAACAAAACGAGACCGGUAGAGUACGUUCAUAGCCAUAAUUUCUGUCAGUUCGGCUGCAUAGAGCAUUACAUAACCGCACACUAUCAGUCACCAAGGCAGAUGAUCUGCCUCUGGCAGAAGCUGAAACUGCAAGGGGAGCCUCUGUGCUGCAACGUGAGAUGACGAACAGAGAUCCAUAUGGUGUUUAAACAUAACAGUUAGCCUUAGAAACAAAUUUUUUUGCUGCUUUAGAUUGAUUGAUGGCAAUGUUCCUGAGCCUCUCAAGAUUGGUUAGCUCGCUAAACGACGUCGUUUUAUAGAAAAGAAUAGAACAUAGGAUGAAU